GACGAGGAUAUCAGGAACGAGCAGUCAAAACGCCCAAACCUGAUUCGAACUCGAAGAAAACGAUGUGAUCGGUAAUGUUUACAAACAGAACGCACUUUUUGACGUUUAUUUCAUCAGAGAGGAAUCUGGUUUGAAGGAAACAAUUGAUUCUAAGAUGACACGGCACUGUUCAGCCUUUGGUUGUACAAAUACAUCAUGGAAAGAAUCAUGCAAAAAAAAAGGAAUAAGUUUUCAUUUUUUUCCUAAGGACGAACUAUUAUUGCAGCGGUGGCUUAUAAAUAUUAGAAGAACAAAUUUUAAACCAUCUCGAAGUUCCUUAUUAUGUUCAGAGCAUUUUACAGAUGAUAAUUUUGUAUAUCAGCCUUUUACAAACCGUAGACAGUUAAAAAAAGAUGCAAUACCUACACAAUUUUCAUUUACAAAAGAAGAAAAAUGGAAAGCAGUAACAGAAGAGACAUCUAAUAAUUAUUUAUCACAUGAAAAGGGAGAAAAUGAAAUACAUGAUUCUUCUUCUGAUUCUGAAUUUACUGAUAGUGAUAUUAGUUUAAAUGAAAUGGAGAAGAAUAAUUCUACUUUACUUGACGCCUCUAUGAAUGAGAAGUUUUAUUCUCCAGAACAGUUAGAAACUUUUACCAACAGUUUGUCAAAAUACUCCAGUUUAAGUCCAAAGUGUUAUGACAUUCUCAAGAAAAAAGCUCUGCUGAAAAAAAAACUAAAGGCUAAAAUUUUUCUAAAAGCUUUAAAAAAACAAUGGUUGGAUGCAGAAAUCAAAGCAGCUGCUGCAAAAAGAGACUAUUAUGAAACAAAAAAAUUAAUGCUCACUAAACUGAAAAAGGAUGUAGAUUUAGAAAAUAACUCAGAUUUUGAAACAAAUACUGCUCUUCAAAACAUUAAAAGUCAUCUAAAGAAAGAAGAACUUGCUUCUCAGAUUGAAAAAAGAAUGUUGAAGCAACAGCUAGAAGAUGCAAAAAUUGCUGCUAACUUCUGUGAAAAAGAUUAUUUAAAAGCUGAGCGUGAAAUAUCAAAUUCAGAUGAUAUAUAAUUAUUAUACUAGGUACUUUAACCUCUUCAAUACUGUUUUUUAAAAAACUGAAUAAAAAACCUUUGUUAGAUCUCAA